CAUCUCCCACCAACAAAGUAAACCCACUCUCCAAGAGCUCAAAGACAUAGCAAAUUACUACAACCCUUCUCUUCCUCACGAGAAACAGCCAAGCAAUUCCCGUUUGAAAAUCACAAGUCUCUCAAGUCUCCCCACCAGUUCGCCAUCGUAGCGCUGAACCUCGAUUUACAGUGGUUCUUUUUUCUUUUCUUUUUGGUGAGGAGCUUUGCUUCGGCCGAAACCAGCUUUCCGGAGAGCUGAUACUGAUAGUGGCUUGGUAGGCGCGCCGACGUUGUCAGAUCUUCUGGACUGUUACAAUGGUUAUUCUAAACAACACAUACGAAUAUGAUGUGUUCUUGAGUUUCAGAGGUGAAGAUACCGCACGGGAUUCACGAGCACUUUGAAAGGCAUUUUGGAAAUGAGGACAAUUAAGACCUUCGUGGAUGAUGGGAUUCCAAGGGGAGAAGAAAUUUCUGCUGAACUUAUCAAAGCCAUUGAAAGUUCAAUGAUUUCGAUAAUUGUAUUUUCUGAAAACUAUGCAUCUUCCACUUGGUGUUUGGAUGAACUUGUCAAGAUUAUUAAGUGUAAGAAGAAUGGCCAAAGGGUUAAGGUGAUACCAAUUUUUUAUAAGGUAGAUCCAGCGGAAGUACGCCAUCAAAAGGGAAAGUUUGGAGAACAUUUAGAGGAACAUGAAAAAAAAUUUGAUGAUAAUAUGAAGAAGGUGCAAAAAUGGAGGAAGGCUCUAACUAAAGUGAGCAACUUUACUGGUCAUCACUACAAGGGCGACUGCGGCCCCUCUGAAUUCAAAAUUAUCCAAGAUAUCUUUGAAGAGAUCUUAAGUGUUAAAUUAGAUCGCAUGAAAAUUUCUGCUACAAAAUAUCUAGUUGGAAUAAAUUCUCGAGUAAGUGGCGUCAUAUAUCAGUGUUUAGAUCUUCAGUCAAAUUUUUUCUGUAUCUUAGGGAUCUAUGGCCUUCCCGGAGUAGGUAAGACAACAAUUGCAAAAGCUGUAUUUGACAAAAUUCGUCAUCAUUUUGAUGGAAGCAGCUUUCUAGAGAACGUUAGAGAAAAAUCAAAAAGAAAUGAUGUUGUAAUCCAACUGCAAGAGACACUUUGUAAUGAGAUCUUAGGGUAUCGAAAUUUGAUGGUUGGGAGUACAUCUAGAGAAAACAAUAUGACAAUUGAGAGGCUGUAUCAUAAAAGGAUUCUUGUAGUUCUUGAUGAUGUGGAAAAACUAGAAAAGAUAGAUUUUUUUUUUUGAAAAUUAUGAUCGGUUUGCUCCGGGAACUAGAAUUAUUAUAACAACAAGAGACAAACACUUGUUAGAUACUCUUCAAAAAUAUUGUUGUGUAAGGUACUACAAGGUUGAGCCAUUAAAUGUUCACGAAUCUCGUGAACUCUUUUGUCAACAUGCCUUUGGAAGAAAUAGAUCUGAUGAAGAUUCUUUGGAUCUUGUCAACCAAUUUAUACAUUAUGCCAAAGGUCUUCCAUUAGCUCUAAAAAUCAUUGGUGCAGAUUUGUAUGGAAAAACUAAUGAUGAAUGGAAAAGUGCAUUAGAAAAAUAUAAAAGAUUUCCUAAUGGAGAUAUACAAGAAAUACUCAAAAUAAGCUAUGAUGGAUUGGAACAACCUCAACAAGAUAUUUUCCUUGAUAUUGCAUGUUUCCUUAAAGGAGAAGAGAAGGAUUUUGUUGUAGAUAUACUAACCAGUAUCUAUUGAUAUGAACCACAUUAUGAUAUUAAAAGACUUAUUGAUAAGUGUCUCAUAACCGUUAGUAGUGAUGACAUACUAUGGAUGCAUGACUUGAUUCAGCAAAUGGGACAAAAAUCACAACAAUGUAGGCUAUUGUGUUACAAGGAUGACCCUCAAGCACUUAUUGUAAAUACAGGAUUGAAUGCAAUUCGAGGUAUAGCGGUGGACUUGCCAGAGGAAAGAAACAUGCAAUUAGAUUUUGGAAAGAUGAAAAAUCUCAUUUAUCUGAAAAUUCAUAGUGGAAUUUGUGAAGACCUUGAAUUUCUUUCCCAUGAGUUAAGGUUGUUUGAGUGGUAUGGAUUUUCAUUAACUUCCUUUCCAUCCAAUUUUUUCCUUCAAAAACUUGUUGCACUCAGAAUGCAAGGAAGUCACAUUCAAUUGGAUGAGCAUUUCGAGAGGUAUCGGUUCAAAAGUUUGAAAUAUUUGAGUUUCCAAGACUGUAAAAACAUUACAAUAUUACCUGACUUAUCAGUGAUUGCCCCAAACAUAAAGAAAUUGGAUAUGUCGGAAUGUGAAAAUUUAGUUGAGGUUCAUCAGUCUGUUGGACUUCUUGAAAAGCUUGAAUUCUGGGACCUCGAAGGUUGCAAAAGUCUUAAAAUUAUUCCAAGAAGCCUUCAAUUGAAAUCUCUUGAAAGUUUUUUUCUGUUUGGCUGUGAAAGUCUUGAGAACUUCCUCGAUACUCAGCAAGGAACAGAGAUAUUAGUACUGCCUUCAUGCAUAGGAGAUCUCACUAGCCUUUUAUCUUUAAGCAUAAGUUUUAAAAACCACACAGAUCUUCCAAGUAGCUUUUCUAAAUUACAAAAUCUUGAGUAUCUUUAUAUCUUUAAUAAUUGCGAAAAUUUUCCAAAGGCUUUGGACACUCCUGGUUGCCUCCCCGGAUUAGACCUAUUAUAUUUCUGUGACAGCAACACUACUACCCUCCCUGAAAUCGUAAGCAGAUUUCCUAAAUUAGUGGACCUCAACGUUCAGGGCUGCUGGAAGCUUCAAGAAAUUCCAAGGCUUCCACCAAGUAUCAAAUAUGUAAACGCAAGAAACUGCUAUUCUUUGGAUUCACAAUCAAGAAGAAGAUUAUUAAGUCAGUUUGGAGACAUGGUAGGGCUUCCCCAAAAUAUAGCAUGUGUAAUGGGACCAUCGAAUCAGGACUCUUUAUCUGAAAUGGACUAUGAUACAUCUAAAAUAGGUUCUACAUCUGAAUUUGAAAUGGAUUUUGCAUCUGAAUUUGAAAUGAACCUUGCAUCUAAUUUUCCAAAAGAUGAUAGACAUUCAUAUGAACUGGUACUUCCAGGAACUAAAAUUCCAAAGUGGUUCAACCAUCAAUGUGUUGGAAGUUCCAUAUCAUCUAAUCUUCCAAAAGAUGAUAGACAUUCAUAUGAACUGGUACUUCUAGGAACUAAAAUUCCAAAGUGGUUCAACCAUCAAAGUGUUGGAAGUUCCAUAUCAUUCUCUAUCGGUAAUAACUUCAAAUCUUUAGCAUUUGCUCUUUGUGUUGCUUUAAAAGUGGAACAGGUUAAUAAGCGAAAAUACUUUGAGAAUUUUACUUGUUCAAUAUAUUGUUGUAAACAAAGGUGCAUGCAACGGCUCAAGCAUCGGGAUUUUUUUUUGGAUCCAUCAUCAUCAUUUAUGUGGUUUUACUUUAAAGAGUUACAAUCUUGGUCAUUCUUAUUAAACAAUGUUGGAAUUUAUUGUAAUGAUAUUAAGCUUCAAUGUAAAAUUUCAAAUUAUGAUCCUAAACUAGCAGAAGUUACCAUUGAAAGGUGUGGAGUCCAUGUAGCAUGUAUAUGUUCUCCUCAUAGUUUCAUGGCCCGCGAAAGGAUUUGGGAAAGACUAGUAGAAGUGUCUUUGGAUGCACGAUUAAAAAUGUUUUUAUGUAGAGUGGCUACAGGGGCCAAAACCCAAGAUGCUUAUUGUCCUCUUUGUGAAAUAGCAGAAGAUUCUGUUUUACAUCUAUUUCAAAGUUGUCCCUAUGCCAAGGGAAUAUGGUAUGCUGGUCAAUGGGGUUUUCGAGUUGAAAUGAUCCAAGCUCAAUCUGUUGUGGAAUUCAUUGAAUGUAUAAUUGAUUCCCCCGGUGAGUUACUAGCAAAAAGAGUCACCAUAGAUGAAUUCAUUUCAUAUGUAGUAGUGGUGAUGAAAGUCCUCUGGGAGGCACGAGAGGAAGCUAUGGUUUCAAACACUAAAGCCAGCAUAAACCAGCUAGCCCAUCGUCUUAACAAAGAGUACAGCUCUUAUGUGAGAUCAAGAGGGGAUGACCUUGUGACACGCAGGAGGAAAAAGGUAUAUUUGAGGAGAAAAAAAAAAAAACUAAUACGCCAAUUAGAACGAGCUGAGAUUACACCGGAAGAAUUUAUGAGAGAAAUACGCUUAUUGUCAUCCAAUCAACACCGUCCUAGGCAACCUUGAAUGAAUGCCAGGGAACCAUGACACAUACGUGUUUGUCUUUAAUGGCCUUGCUCUUUGUAAACGGGGAUGCUGAUUUCAAUCCAUCACCAUGGAAGAAAAUGAAAACCUCUUAAUAGUACUUCAAAGAAAUAUGCCAAGGUGCUACAUAUUGGAUUAUGCUUGAGGAGGUGGAGCUGUGAUGCGAAACACACAAGAAGACUUUUAUUUUAAUUUAGUAUUAUUUAUGCUUGCAAGUCAAUUGUAUUUUUAUGUUUUAGGUCCUAUCAGU